AUGACUACAAACGGCACCAGCUCUGUCAACAGACUUACAAAUUAUGCUGCCUACCUUGAUCCGACUACGAAACGCUCUCGUAUCGGCCAUCUGGACUUUGAGUCCUCGACAAUCACCCCGCUUGCAUUUCAGUCGGGGACGGCUCUUACCAAUCUAUACGAAGUGAUUGCUGCUGGAGAAGCCAAUACCACUCCUUCCUCCGGAGAAAGCAUUCCUCUAUCGACUGCAAAGCUUCUUCCUCCAAUAUCGGGACGCGAUGUUCUGGCUGUGGGAAAGAACUACGCAGAGCAUGCACGCGAGUUCAAUUCUUCGGGCUACGAUGCUAGCGACAAGGUUGAUCAACCGACACAUCCUGUGAUCUUCACGAAAAGGGCAACUUCAAUAAUCGCCAGCGGUGACCCAAUCCUCCUUCACCCCGAGUUCACCAGCUCUGUCGAUUACGAAGGUGAGAUUGGGGUGAUAAUCGGGAAGUCUGGAUUUCAAAUCACGGAGAAAGAGGCCAUGGAUUAUGUUUGGGGCUACACCAUCGUCAACGAUAUGACAGCUCGUGAAAGGCAGCGCGAUCAUAAGCAAUUCUUUCUUGGAAAGUCGCCGGAUACCUUCUGUCCGAUAGGGCCUGUCGCCGUCCCCAAAGGAAGCCUCCCGGAAGAUUUGAAGGUGCAGACAUUUGUCAACGGUGAAAAGAGACAAGAAGGCACUCUCAAGGACCUCAUAUUCAGCAUCCCAACGCUUAUUGCCACUAUCAGCAAAGCCCAGACUUUGCAAGCUGGCGACCUGAUUGCGACUGGCACUCCUGCUGGUGUUGGGUUUGGGUUCCGACCUAUGAAGUUCCUUAAGCCGGGUGACGAGGUUUCUAUCAGUGUGACUGGGCUAGGCACUUUGAAAAAUAGCAUUGCAGCUUCAGACGCCAAAAACACUACCGUCGAUAGCCAGGAGCGACAUGUCCCGAUUUCAAACCAAAAGGCGCCAGCAGGCUCAGGCUUGACCAAUAUCAAUGGAAAAGACCUCUUCUUGCAACACCUGGGCAAGGAGGAUGGCCGUCCGAUUAUCUUUAUCCAUGGGUUAGGUGGAUCAUCCACAUACUUUUACCCAUUGAUAUCCAAGUUGAAAUCCACGAAUUCAUUGCACCUCCUCGAUCUAGAAGGGCACGGGCUUUCGCCAACUUCGGCAUUAAGCAACCUCACGAUUGAAUCUUUUGCCGACGACUUCUACAACAUGGCACAAGCUUCAUCGGUGAAGACAGGAGCCACCGUCAUUGCCCAUUCUAUGGGCUGCCUCGUGGCCAUGAAGCUUGCCUUGCAACACCCUGAGCUAGUUUCAAAGCUUAUUCUCAUGGGGCCGCCACCCAGUCCUCUUCCUGAAACCGCUAGCAAGGGUACAUUUGGUCGAGCUGCGCUCGUUCGUGAGAAAGGAAUGCUCGGUGUUGUAGAUGCAAUUGUUCAGGCAGGAACGUCUGCAUUGGUGCAGGCAAAAAAGCCGCUAACAAUUGCUGCAGCACGCAUGUCACUUCUAGGCCAGGACCCGGAAGGAUAUGCAAAAGCAUGCAUGGCACUCGCUCGAUCUGUCAAUGACAAAUUGGACGUCAAGCAAUUGAAUUGUCCGGCCUUUAUUUUGACAGGUGACGAGGACAAGGUUAGCCCGCCGGAGCUUUGCCACAAAUAUGCCGCAGACAUCGCAGACGCGAAAGUGCAAGUGCUAAAAGAUGUGGGACAUUGGCAUUUGUUUGAGGAUGUCGAGGGAUGUGUUGACUUUGUUCUUGCGAAUGUGUGA